AUGGCAAACUCCUCUCCGCUGAGGAGUCAAGUGCUAUCAAGUCCCGACCGGUCGUGUCUGUCCAAUUUUCUCCUAGAUGGCAGAAAUAACGAAUCAAGCCAUCGCGAUGCCCUCGCAGCCGCCCAAGCCGAGCACGAUCGGGUCAGACAAGCCGCCAUUAGAGUAUACGAACUGCACGAGCUCAAGGAAGAGCACAGUCGGAUACUGGAAGAGGGGCGUAGGGAGCAAGAGAGACUAAAGACAGAGGCUGCCAUUGCAUUAGAAGAGAAGAGAUUGCAGGAACUUAAAGCAAAAUCUAUCAAGCCGCCGCCGCCGCCGCCGAAGCCAGAGCCAGAACCAGCCAAACCGAUGGGUAAGACGGCCGACGAAGAGAAACCAAUAUCAGUGGCGCCUCAACUUCUUCAGAGAUCAGAACCGCUGGCACAAGCUCAAGCAAAAGCCCACUCUCCAGUCCCAGCACCGCUCCAGAAUGGGUUCUCGAAUUUAGGCAAUACAGCAUCGAGCCAUGCUUUCGCAGUUGCGGGCCAACAAAGCCAAACCCAACGACCCUCUAUCUUGAGCCAGAACAAAGAACUCCAGAAGGGAGCAAAAGCGUCGCAAUCUCAACAGCCUGUUGCACCUAUUCAGAAACCACAACUACUGAAGCCGACUGUGGACCCGCUGUCGGAUCGAUAUAUUGAAAUUCACCAGGCUCUUAAAAAGCUUAGAAGGGAGAUUGUGGCAGCAUCAAAAGUGGCUGGAUCACCACUCAAAGGGAAAAUUGGAACCAUUCGCCGAGAAAUUCGGGUGUCCAUUGGUCAACUGACUGGCGGAAAGGGAGCCAACGUCCAACCCACAACAAAAAUUAUGUCUCUUUUGAGGCAGUCGUUAGACGGUCAACUGCCCACCCCCCUCGUAGAUGUCAGUCAAUUUGUCGCUGUCCAGCGAGAGCCGUCAACGCAGGACGUCCCAAACAACGGCGCAGAACUGCCCUCACUAUUCAUCUACCUCAUGAACAUCUCCGCCAAGGGCAUCAUUAGCCAGUUCAUCAAUGAAUGCGGGGCAAAUCCCAAAGCCGCCGAUCCCAUUGGCGUAUUCACCGCCCAAGUUUUCUCCCACAAGGACUUUUCAUGGCGAGGUCAGUCCUUGAUUGACAUACUCAUGGCCAAAUUCAGAGUUGUGUGCCCCGUACUUUUCGGAUCCAGAGGGAGCGACAAGACGGAAAGAGGUAGACAGGCCCUCGGAUGGAAAAGAGAUGGCCCGUCAUGGAUCCAAGAGCAAAAUCACAACGAUAGAAUGGCGGGCCUAGGUGCUGGUUUUGCGUCGAUUUCUCUCCGCGACUUUAGCAAGGCUUCCAAAAGCAACCCCUAUCCACCAACCCACUACUGGAAGGCGUUUGCGAGCAUCGUCAACUCCCCGGCUGCCGAGAUUUCCAAUACGCAGCUCGUCGUUCUGCGGUCCAUGAUUGACGGCCACGAGCAACGAUUCCUCAACUUUUACGGGAACGCUGCCAUGGCAGCGUUGCGAUUAGCGCUGUUGGAGUUUCCCGAGCGAGCGCCUGCGAAUUCGUCUGCGGCGGCCUCUUUGCGUGCGUUGGCGGAUAUUCGUCGCUCGGAUAGUGGAUUGGUGUUGGCAUAG